AUGGAAUCCCAUGAACGGAGGGAGAUCUUUGGACCUUUUGUGCAGCCGAAACAGUUUGUGCUUUGUUUUGAUGGCACGGGGAAUAAAUUUGCUGGUGAUGGGUCGGAUACGAACCUCGUCAAAAUUUAUCGCAUGCUUGAUCGCAGCCAAAGCCACCAAUACCACUACUACCAACCCGGUAUAGGGACCUACGUAACAUCACACUCACUCGGCAGCAAAGGGCGGAUCGAGCGCAUUAAGUCUGCAUUCAAGAAAGCCCAGGAUGCAGCGCUGGGUUCCUCUUUCGACGAGCACGUUCUUGGGGGAUACAAGUUCCUAAUGCGAUACUAUGCCCCCGGCGAUGACAUAUACUUCUUCGGUUUCAGUCGAGGCUCAUAUACAGCGCGCUUUCUGGCAGAGAUGCUCGACUACAUCGGUCUACUCCAACCUGGAAACGAGGAAUUAGUACGCUUUGCAUGGAAAACCUUUGCUAAAUGGCAACAACGAAAGAGUGGCACGGAGCAGGACGACAAAGAGAGACAUAAGCUGUUCCAUUUCAUGAAGGCCUUCCGAGAAACGUUCAGUAGGCCCGUGAGUCAGAUUAAGUUCAUGGGACUAUUCGAUACGGUGAAUAGUGUGGCCAUGUUUGAGAAUUCUUGGAUGGAGAGGAGCAAGUUUCCUUCUACGGCGCAGACGACGGCUCGUGUUGUUCGGCAUGCUGUCUCUAUUGAUGAGCGGCGAGCCAAGUUUCGGCAGGAUCUGAUAUCGGAGGGUCGACCUGCUGUGCAUGGUCAUUCUCACUCACACCGUUUAAGGCAUCUGUUGUCCCAAGAGGAUCAUGACAAGACUCGAGUUCCUGAGAUCGUUCUACCGGAGAACGAUGAGGUGGGGCGACAAGGGCGACGCAGGUCUGGAUCUGGUCAUGGGAAAGAUGAAUUCAGAUACCGUGCCCCGUCGUCGUCGCCAGUGCGCAAAGGAAGUUCUGAAAUACCGAGGACCAAUGCGUAUCUGGCUGAGCAUCAUUCGAUGAAAAGCGCAGUUUCCAGAACAUCUCUUCGAGUUCCCAGCUUGAACAUCCCCGGUAGCGGUGAAAAAGAACAGGAUGAGCAGGAUAUCUCCGAAGUCUGGUUCCCAGGUCAGCACGGCGAUGUCGGUGGAGGUUGGAAGCUCACCCCAGAAGACCCCUGGCCAUUGAGUCACAUUCCCCUCGUUUGGAUGGUCAAAGAAGCACAAGCGGCCGGAUUAGAAUUUGACACCGAGAAACUGAAACGCUUUAACUGCUACGAGGACCAUCACGUUGCUAGUGAAGGAUUCGAACAAACUAUAUUUAAUGGCCUGGCAGUACAUAACAACGAUAACCACCACCAGCGAACGAACACAUUUCACGAAACCCUUUCUCACACCAUGGACCAGGGCAUCGCUCACGACUGUCUCACCCACGGCGGUGGCCUUUCAUUCUUCUCUACCAUGGCAUGGCGAUUAAUGGAGUAUCUACCUUUCCGACGAAUGGACCUCCAACCCGACGGAACCUGGAAACCGAUUCGCUGGCCUCUUCCUUGCGGAGAGGUGCGUGAUAUCCCCGAAAACGCACAGAUUCAUAUCUCCGCAAUUCAUAAACUGCAGAUUGACCCGACUUACCGACCGGGGAAUUUGAUUAUCGGAGGGGGUGGGCGUGGAGUGAAAAGGGCACCGGAAAAGUUUGGGAUUGGGGAGUGGGAGGUUUGUAGGUAUGAGGGUGAUUUGGUAAGGCAGACUUUUCUUCGAAAGAGUUUGAGCAAGGAUGAGAAGGGCAUCUGUCGGGAUGAUCAUGUUGCAGAGAGAUAG